AGGAAAGUACUCUAAUGGAGGCAGAUCCCCAGAGAAAUGUUGCUCAUGUUACUGAUGCAUUUGAUUCAAUGGCCAUGGUUUUAAAAGAAAAACCACUUUAUUGGUGGAAAUGUGAAGAGCCUAAUGUUGCUCAAGAGGAGAUCCCAGUAGUCGAAGUAACAGAGAUAAAAAAUGUGGGGGGUGGAGCAAUCAGGUGUGAAGGGCCUAAUGCUGUUAAGAAGGAGAUCAAAGUGACGGAAGUAACACAGAGAACAUUCAGUGGUACAGCACAGUGGCGGAGAUAAAAGAAAGGGCUGCAGAAAUUGAGGCAUGUCUUCAUAAGAAAGUCCAGAAAGAGUGGGCUUGUGCUGUAUGCCAGGUCACAACCCAAAGUGAGGCGACCUUUAAUUCCCAUCUUCAAGGGAAGAGACAUAAGGUCACUUCUAAGCAGCUGAAAGCCAAAAAGCAGGCAACCAAAAUCAGUGGUUCCCACCUGUUUCAAUGGCAAAGAAAUUUGAUCAGUCCACCAAAGAGGAGCAACCGAAGUGUACUUCCUACAAUCUGAAAUCCAAAAACAGUGGAAUCUCAGCUGCUUCAACAGUGAAGAAUCCUGAUGAGACAAGAGAUGAUGAGCGACAAAAGUGUGGAUCUAACAAUGGACCGAACGAGAAGAAUAACAAAAAGCAAGAGGAGAAGGCACUUGUUCCUGAGACCAGUGAGCAAGGUCAUCAGAACUUAAAGCAAAAUGGUGAUGGAAUGAAAGAGUUGGGAUCACGGUGCAAUAUCUGUUAUGUAAGCUGCACAAGUGAGCUUGACAUGACCUCUCAUCUCAAUGGAAGGAGGCACUUUAAUAGGGUAAAGCAGCUGUCUGAAUUAUGGUGCAGUAACUGCAAUGUAAAGUGCAACAGUGAGGCCGACAUGGCCUCUCACCCAAAUGGGAGGAGACACUUGAAGCAGCUCAAGAAACGGUCGAGAUUAUGGUGCAGUAUCUGUAGGGUGAGUUGUAACAGCAAGGUGAGCAUGAAUUCUCACCUAAAUGGGAGGAGGCACUUGGACCAGAUCAAGGAAACAGUUAGGAUUAUGAUGCCGCACAUUCUGUGGCAGAUUGUGCAGCGCGUGCUGUGGCGCAUGCAGCAGCGCAUGCAGGGCAAUCUAAUUUGCAAUGGUGAGCUCAGCUUGGCCUCAUCUGAAUGGGAGGAGGCAGUUAGAGAAGCAGAGGAAUAUGUGAUUCGCAUGUUUCUUCAGACAAAGUGUUUUGGUUAGAAGCAUACAGGCCAGUCGGGGUGUUCACAGA